CUAAGCAAGUACUUCAAUGGCUGCCAAACUCCACGCCCUCGCCGUCAUCCUCCUCCUCAUCAGCAUUGCCGUCAAUGCAGCCGCCGAGGAACCACAACAAUGCGGGUCCAAAUCCAAAGGACAAUGCCACGACAAAUCCAAGGCCUUGAUCCUGAAGAUCAUUGCUUUAUUUGCCAUUUUGGUCACGAGCAUGAUUGGUGUCUGCUUGCCGAUGUUUUCACGCAAGGUUUCGGCUCUCCAACCCGGCAAAAACAUGUUCGUCAUUGUCAAAGCGUUCGCCUCUGGUGUCAUACUUGCCACCGGGUUCAUGCACGUUUUGCCCGACUCGUUCGAUUGCUUGACAUCCGAGUGCUUGCCCGAACAUCCGUGGAGCAAGUUUCCGUUCACAACGUUCGUGGCAAUGCUUUCAGCCGUUCUUACUCUCAUGGUGGACUCGUUUUCGAUGAGUCACUAUAGGAAAUAUUUAGUUCGCGGUGCAGCUCGCGGCGAAGAUGAGGAGAACGCCAAAAAUAGCUCUUCUCAAAUAGAGCCUUUUGGGCAUGGUCAUGACAUUAAGACUGAAGAGGGACUCGACGAUAAGGAUUCACAGUUGUUGAGAUAUCGUGUUGUGGCACAGGUAUUGGAACUAGGAAUUGUAGUGCACUCGGUAGUGAUUGGAUUAUCAAUGGGGGCAUCUGAUAAUCCAUGCACAAUCAGACCACUCAUUGCUGCCCUUUGCUUCCAUCAACUAUUUGAAGGGAUGGGUCUUGGCGGAUGCAUACUACAGGCUGAAUAUGGUAUGAAGAUGAAAGCAACAAUGGUGUUCUUCUUCUCAGCCACGACACCAUUUGGGAUAGCACUAGGGAUUGCACUGUCACAUAUAUACAGUGACAACAGUCCGACGGCUCUGAUUGUGGUCGGGUUGCUAAAUGCUGCAUCUGCAGGGCUGCUCAACUAUAUGGCGCUGGUGGAUCUCCUAGCAGCUGAUUUCAUGGGGACUAAAUUGCAAGCAAAUGUGAAGCUCCAAAUGUUGUCUUAUAUUGCAGUUCUUUUUGGGGCAGGAGGCAUGUCAGUAAUGGCCAUAUGGGCUUAGCCUAACAGAUCAACAAUUAUGUCAGAUGGAUUAAUAAGAUAGAAUAGGAUUGUGCUAGCU